AACGAUGGUUAGUGAAGUGCAAUAUUGUAAUUAUGAAGAAAAAGUGAUGGCAAUGAGAGAGAAAGGGUGGGAAAGGAACUAAGGAAGUGGAGUGUUGUUCCUGUUCCCAUUUAUUCGAUAGAUAUAUGGGAAGUUGAAAACCAAAUGGGUUGACAGAAAAACAGAAACAUGGGAAGCAAGAAGAAGUACGAGGAAGAAUCAGGCGUGGUGGUGUUAUCCCAUUCCCAACCCCAAUUCCAAUCAGAGGCACUACCCUUCAACGAGAACGACCCACAGGACAUGGUAAUAUACCAAGUCCUCAACGAGGCCAAUGCCCUCGCUCUCACCAACAUCAUCCACCAACCUCAACUGGGCCUCCAGCCCACCAGGCCCAUAGCCAAAAAACACUACCGAGGAGUCAGGCGCCGCCCCUGGGGCAAAUACGCCGCCGAGAUUCGCGACUCCGCCCGCCACGGCGCCCGAAUAUGGCUCGGCACCUUCCAAACCGCCGAAGAAGCCGCCAUGGCUUACGACCGCGCCGCUUUCAAGAUGAGAGGCUCCAAGGCUCUCCUCAAUUUCCCCGCUGAAAUUCUCGCUCCUUCUCAAUCCACUGCUGCAACCUCUUCCUCCUCUAAGGUAAAAGAAAGCGGAUAUAGAACACUGAUGUGAAGCCAUUCCGAAUCAAAAGAAGAUGGCGUGAAGGAAUCUACAAUGAGAAUUUCUUGGGGCGAAAGAAUGGUGGGUUUUGAUUAUAGAAGUGAUGGAUUAAAAAAACACGAAACUAUGGUAUGCACACGGUUGGGCCUUAAAAAAUUGUCAUCUAGAACGCCACAAUCGGAGGGCUAAGAGCUUCUUAGAACUAAAGCAAAUCGCUGGUGAAUGCAAUUGCGGCGCUACGCUCUUGGUUCGAUGAACCAUGUGUUCAACUUUGUGUGUUUGGUGAAAGAAUUUAAAAUGGGUUUAGUCAGUGCAUUUGAAUCAGCCUCAGUAUUUAGGUAACAUUGACUUGAGCAUAAGCACAUUUCAGAUUGUGUGGUUUGACAUCGAAAUUACUAUCCCUAUGGCUAUAUGGGCUACACUUCUAAUGGUCUUGGGCUCGGUUUGUUUUGUGUAUUGCCUCUUUGUAU